UCUUCAACUUCAAUUUGAUAGGUAAUGGUAGCUUUUAGCUUCGUGGAUUGUGUGUGACAGGGGUGUGAUAAGAAAUUUUCCAUAUUAUUUCUAACAAUUACAAGUUUUUUAAUGAAAAUCGUAAUUCACUUAAGUUCACUGUUCUUAGCUAUUUUUUAAAUAAAGGUGUGUUUGUAGUUUUAUUACAAAAUGAGUCGAUUUUUUGCUACUGGAACUGACUCUGAGUCGGAAACUUCAUCAGAAGAAGAGCAAAUUGUACGCGCACCGGCGCCUGUCUACACGUUUAGUGAUGAUGAGGAGGAAACGAAGCGGGUCGUCCGCUCCUUAAAAGAGAAGAGAUAUGAAGAAUUAGAGGGCAUUAUUCACUCUCUGAGGAACCACAAAAAGAUUAAGGACUUUUCCUCAGCAUUAGCUUCUUUUGAGGAACUACAAAAGGCAUAUUCACGUGCAUUAUCUGUAAUCCAAAAAGAAGAGAAUGGGGUUGCUCCUAGAUUUUUUGUUAGGGCUCUUACUGAGCUAGAUGAUUGGGUAACUACUGCAUGGAAUGACCGUGAUGCUAGGAAAGCUAUGUCAAAAGGUAACAGCAAAGCUCUGACAUCCAUAAGACAAAAAUUGAGGAAAUAUGCCAAGGACUUUGACAUGGAAAUCACCAAGUUUAGAGAAAAUCCCGAUCUACCCGAUGAUGACGAUGAAAGAAAAGAUACAUCUUCUUCGGACGAAUCUGAUGAGGAAGAAAAGGUAAAGGAGAAACCAAGAGCACGUCGUUCACCGGAACCUCCCCGCAGACCGCCGCCUCAGGAUGACGAAUCUUCAGACUCCAUGGAUUGGGGCUCCAGCUCGUCCGAAUCCAGUUCAAGCUCUGAUGAUGAGAUUCGUGGCGCAGCCACUCUUCGUGAGAAGUUCUUGAAGCGGACCACCGAGAGAGACGAAGAUGAAGAAAGAGAUAGACGUAGGGCGAGGAGAGAAAGGAAAGAAAGAGCCGGAAAAGUCAGCAAGAAAGAUCAAGCUGAUGAUGGUGGAGAGUGGGAGACUGUACGUAAAGGGGCCGCCACCUCCGAUAAGCCUAAGAUGUUUGCUAAGGACAGCGAUAUCGAUGCCGCAUUGGUUGUGAAAAAAUUGGGCGAGAUCAGCGCAGCGCGAGGUAGGAAACGUACCGAUAGGAGAGCACAACUGGAAUUGUUACAUGAACUACGGACAGUUGCCCAACAGCACAACCUCGGCGAUGCAUUACAACUCAAAUUACGAGCGGCCACUGUUGCAGCCCUCUUUGAUUACAACCCAAAAGUCUCAGAUGCCAUGAAACCAGAAUACUGGUCCAGACUUGUUGAGAAUGUAGAUGCUAUGGUGACCAUCCUCUUGGCACAUACGGAUAUGGUGCUUAGUGAAAAUAUUACCGAAGAGAAUGAACAACUUGUGACACCACCGUACCAAGUUCGCGGUUGUGUGCUCACUGCUCUCGAAAGAUUAGAUGAUGAGUUCACAAAGCUUCUAAAGGAGUGUGACCCUCACUCUAAUGAAUAUGUGGAGAGGCUGAAGGACGAAGUGAGAGUUUCCGCAUUAAUUGAUAGAGUUUGUCAAGUCGUUGAACGUGAUGGCUCACCGCAAGAGAUAUGCCGGGCGUAUCUGCGGAAGAUCGAUCAUCUAUAUUACAAGUUUGAUCCACGCGCGGUGAAGAAAGAUCUUCCCGCGGGAGAAGAGACAUCCACAAAGAAGAUGGAGAAUCUCUGCAAGUACAUAUACGCUAAUGAUGAUUCUGAUCGUCUCCGUACACGAGCCAUUCUUUCGCACAUCUAUCACCACGCGUUACACGACAAUUGGUUCCAAGCCCGUGACCUGCUUCUCAUGUCGCAUCUACAAGAGAAUGUGCAGCACUCCGAUCCAAGCACGCAGAUUUUGUACAAUCGGACUAUGGCCAACUUAGGGCUGUGUGCUUUCCGCCGUGGAAACGUAAAGGAGGCUCAUGGUUGUCUGGCUGAGCUGAUGAUGACAGGAAAGCCUAAGGAACUUCUUGCUCAAGGGCUUCUUCCGCAGCGGCAGCAUGAGCGUUCCAAGGAGCAGGAGAAGAUUGAGAAGCAACGGCAAAUGCCGUUCCAUAUGCACAUAAAUCUAGAAUUGUUGGAGUGUGUGUAUCUGGUGUCGGCGAUGUUGAUUGAGAUCCCGUAUAUGGCUGCGCAUGAGUUUGACGCCCGUCGUAGGAUGAUCAGUAAGACGUUCUACCAAAAUCUGCGUGCGAGCGAACGUCAGGCGUUAGUGGGACCCCCAGAGUCUAUGAGGGAACACGCAGUAGCCGCCGCGCGGGCCAUGAGACGAGGUGACUGGCGCGCUUGUCUGAACUUUAUUGUCAACGAGAAGAUGAACGCAAAGGUUUGGGAUUUGAUGGUCGGCGCUGAAAAUGUUCGCGCUAUGCUGGGCCGUUUGAUCCGUGAAGAGUCUCUGCGCACGUAUUUGUUUACGUACGCUCACGUGUACGCAUCACUAUCGCUUCGCUCGCUGGCGGACAUGUUCGAGCUGCCUCGCCAGCGCGUGCACUCUCUGGUCUCCAAGAUGAUCAUCAACGAGGAGUUGCUGGCUUCGCUGGAUGACCCCAGCGAGUGUGCUAUACUGCAUCGGUCUGAACCCACCAGAAUGCAAGCACUGGCUCUGCAGCUUGCUGAUAAGGUGGGCAACCUUGUGGAUUCAAACGAGCGAAUCUUCGAGAAGCAAGGCUCGUUCUUCCAGCGGGGCGGCGCCCCCAGGGGCGAAGGGCGACAGAGGGGGGAGCGCCCCCGCGACGGGUGGGCCCGCCGGCAGCGCAACCGCCGCAGGGACGAAGACCGCGCCCACGAAGAAUGAAAACUGUUUCCUUGAGCGGACACGUUCCCCCUCUAAACAUUCACCUACCACAUUUUGUCAAUUCCGAGGAAAAGUGUCCGCUCAAUGUUCCAAUUUCUGUCACACAUGACAUAAAGACAGAAAUUCUUAAUAUUGUCACCCAGUUGAAAUCAUUUUCCAUAGUUUUUUUAUAUCAUGAAUACAUCAUUGAAUGGAGAGCAUUUUUAGAUGCUGUGCUCUUAAAUGUUUCCAUUUUCGAUUGAUGGCGCCCUUCCGAGUAGAAUUAUUGUAUUAAUUAUUGGGUGCUAUUUAUAGAUUUCAGUGUUGCCUUAAUCAAAACCUAUUUAACACCGUCCCUCCUAACAUAUAAUGAGAAUUACUGCUGAAAAACUGUCAAUAUCAAUUUUAUGACAAUGACAUAAAAUAGACCAUCUAUUGUUCUUAUACACAUUCACUGUCAUUCUCAGAAAGUGAAACAAUGAAUAUAAUUGUAUAAUUAAGCACUGCUGCAUAAAAAAUGAUAGCAACUAUUAUUGUACAGUUUUUCUAUUCGGAAGGGCGCCACAAUAAUGUUCUUGAAUGGUUUAAAAUUCGUUUGUAUCUGCUAUUACAGACAGUAAAUAGUUCAUCAUAAUUAUUUCAAUAAAACAUUUGUCACACA